AUGCCUCGACUCCCUACAGUUCUUUGUCAACUUGCUGCGAGGCGAUUCUGCGUCAGAGUUCGCGCCUUCGCUUCCAAGGCAGACCCGCAAAUAACAACCGAGCUGCCCAAAGCUCGUCUGGAUUACCGACACAUAUCCGAGAAUGCCGUCUACAAGUCACACAAUGCGUUCAAUCGCAAGUCGUUACUCCCUGUUGGAGCCUUACAAACUAUAGCCCGACUCUACGGGGAGCAGAGACAGCUGGGGUCGCAGCUGGGCAAAAAAAAACAUGUCCGCAAUGCGAUUGGCGAGCGUGUACGUACCAGUUCACACGACCCUCAGCUAAAGCAGGCCGUGCUCGAUGAGGCGAAGUCUUUGAAGGCGGAGAUCGCAGAGAUCGAAGACAAGUUGUCGGAAGUCGAAGACGAGCUGUACCGGCUUGCCUUGGCUAUUCCUAACGAUACUCACCCAGAAUCACCAAUCGGCCCAGAGUCUGCAGCUGCGGUUCUGUCGGUAUAUGGCCCGGAUCCACUGCCUGCUUCUCCUUCCAGAGACCACGUCGCUAUCUGCCGUGCCCUUGAUCUCAUCGACCUUGAGGCAGCUGCUACUGUGACAGGUUGGUCGUGGUACUACCUCAAGAACGAAGGGGCGCUUUUGGAGAUCGCAUUGAUCAAUUACGCUCUCAGUCUUGCCAUGAAGCACGGGUUUACUCCCGUUACCACGCCAGACGCGGUGCGCGCCGACAUCGCAUACCGCUGCGGAUUCCAGCCGCGUGACCCAGACAUCAACCCGCCCGUCUCGCAAAUGUAUCAUAUCACCAACAGCCUCGUCGCCCCGUCUGCCGCUGGAGAAGUCACGCAGCCUCGUCCAGGCCUCGUACUUGCAGGCACAGCAGAGAUACCCCUCGCUGGCAUGUUCGCCAACAAAAUUCUUUCUCCGCGAGAGUUACCUAUCAAGGUUGUCGGUCUUGGUCAUGCAUUCCGUGCAGAGGCUGGUGCUCGUGGGGCCGACACAAGAGGGCUCUACCGCGUCCAUCAAUUCACAAAGUUGGAACUGUUCGCGGUCACAGAGGCAAGUGAGAGUGACGACAUGAUGGAGGUUAUGAAGCGCCUUCAAACUGAGAUAUGCAAGAAUUUAGGUUUCCCGUACAGAGUUCUCGACAUGCCCACCGAAGAACUCGGUGCUAGUGCGUACCGGAAGUACGACAUUGAAGCCUGGAUGCCUGGCCGUGGCAGCUGGGGAGAGAUAUCUUCCACAUCAAAUUGUACCGACUACCAGGCCCGCCGUCUGCACAUCCGCCAUCGGAAACCCGUUCCAGCGGGCAAUCCAGCUGUAGCACAGUCCACCGACUCUCCCACACCUUCAGAUACUGCUGGAUUACCGUUCGCUCAUACGCUAAACGGUACAGCCGCUGCCGUUCCCCGACUUAUCGUCGCGUUGGUGGAGAAUGGGGCACGGUUUAACGAAUCCGGAACUGCAAUUGGAAUCGACCUGCCACGUUGUCUGCAGCCGUUCUGGGUGGUAGGAAGCCAGAGGGACAUCAUACGAUGGGUUUGA